UUUCGGUUACAGCCUUCCUGCAGCUUGUUAAAGGAGGUUAAAGGUCCUCCCACUCAGAAUUGACGCGCAGGCGUAAACUCCGAUUGGGAGCACCUUAUCUCGCAGGGAGCCCAGUCCUUUUUUCGCUCCUCCAGGCUCCGCCUCCUGCGGCCAAUCAGCGGGCCUCGCCCUUUGCAAUGACCAAUGGCACCAAGCGUGGGGGCGUGGCUGGGCGUCCGGGGGCGCGGCCUGGCGCCCAGAGAAGCGGCGGGGCGAACCAGGGGCUCUAGUGAACAACGCAGCCGGACGGAGGUCGCCGGCUGGCGGCUGGAGGAAGCGGCCCGGGCCCGGCGGUCCCCGAGAUGUCACGAUGGCUGUGGCCAUGGUCGAACUGUGUGAAAGAGCGUGUCUGCCGCUACUUGCUCCAGCACUACUUGGGUCACUUCUUUCAGGAGCACCUCAGCCUAGACCAGCUCAGCCUGGAUCUGUACAAGGGCAGCGUUGCCCUGCGGGAUAUCCACUUGGAGACCUGGUCCGUGAACGAGGUUCUGAGGUCGAUGGAGUCACCUCUGGAACUGGUGGAAGGCUUCGUGAGUUCCAUCGAGGUGGGUGUCCCCUGGGCUGCGCUUCUCACUGACCACUGCACGGUGUGUGUGUCAGGCCUCCAGCUUGUCCUACAGCCCCGCCAGGGACCAGGACCAGGGGCUGCAGACUCGCAGAGUUGGGCCUCAUGCAUGACCACGAGCCUGCAGCUGGCCCAAGAGUGCAUGCGUGAAGGGCUACCCGAGCCCUCAGAACCGCCACAGCCCCUGGAGGGGCUGGAAAUGUUUGCACAGACCAUCGAGACUGUGCUUCGGAGGAUCAAGGUGACCUUUCUGAACACCGUAGUGAGGGUGGAGCAUUCGGUGGGUGAUGUGGAGCAUAGCGCCGCUGUGGAGGUCCGGGUGCAGAGACUGGAGUACUGUGAUGAAGCCGUGCGGGACCCAAGCCAGGCGCCCCCUGUGGACGUGCACCAGCCACCUGCCUUUCUGCACAAGCUGCUGCAGCUGACCGGGGUCCGCCUGCACUUUGAGGAGCUGCCCCCCCAGGCCGACCCCCCCAAGACCCCUGUGCAGAUCGGCAGCUGCACCGGGUUCAUGGAGCUCAUGGUGAAGCUCAAGCAGAACGAGGCCUUCCCGGGCCCCAAGUUGGAGGUAUCGGGACAGCUGGGCUCCUUGCACCUGCUCUUGACCCCACGCCAGCUCCAGCAGCUUCAGGAACUGCUCAGUGCCAUCAACCUUGCAGACCCAGGAGGCCUGGCUGACAGGCUAAACAAGAGCCGCCCACUGGGUGCUGAAGACCUAUGGCUAAUUGAGCAGGAUCUGAACCAGCAGCUCCAGGCGGGUGCUGGGACUGAGUCCCUCAGCCUACACCCCGUCACCAACCCCCUCAAUUUGGACAGCACUGACCUCUUCUUCUCCAUGGCUGGCCUCACAAGCAGUGUGACCUCGGCUAUCUCUGAGCUCUCCAUGUCCAGCGUAGACCUGGGCUCCUCUGUUCACAGUAACAUGGCCUUCCACCGGCCUUCUACCCCAGCUCACUCAGGUGGCAAGACGGCCCCAGCUCCUCUUCCGGACACCAUGCGCCCCGACUCCCUGCUGAAGAUGACCCUGGGAGGUGUGACCCUGACCUUGCUUCAGACAGCUGCCCCAUCUUCAGGACCACCUGACCUCACCACCCACUUUUUUGCUGAGUUUGAUGCUGCCAAAGAUGGACCCUUCGGCUCCCGAGACUUCCACCACCUCCGGCCACGCUUCCAGAGGGCCUGCCCUUGUAGCCAUGUCCGACUAACCGGCACAGCUGUGCAGCUGUCCUGGGAGCUGCGGGCUGGCGGCCACGGGCGCAGGACGAGCAGCACGGACAUGCACUUCGGGCAGCUGGAGGUGCUGGAGUGCCUGUGGCCCAGGGCCGCCUCGGAGCCGGAGUACACAGAGAUCCUGAGCUUCCCCAGUCACUCGGGCUCCCAAGCCUCAGUUCGACCCUGUGCCCACCUGCGCCACACACAGACCCUGCGCCGGGUGCUCAAGAGCCGGUCCCGGCGCUCGGUUGCCUGCCAUUGCCACUCAGAACUGUCCCUGGACCUAGCCGACUUCCAAGCUGAUGUGGAGCUGGGGUCCCUGGACCGACUCGCUGCCCUGCUUCGUCAAACCACCACACCCUCGGAGCCCCCUGCUGGCCUGCUAGCAGAGCCCCCACAGGCCACCGAGCAGCAGACAGUGUUUCGGCUCUCAGCACCCCGGGCCACCCUGAGGCUACGCUUCCCCAUCCCAGACCUACGGCCUGAGCGGGAUCCCUGGGCUGGCCAGGCUGUGCGGGCUGACCGGCUGCGACUGGAGCUGAGUGAGCCCCAGUUCCGCUCAGAGCUCAACAGUGGACCUGGCCCCCCAGCUCCCACCCGCCUAGAACUUACCUGCUCAGACCUGCAAGGAAUCUAUGAAGAUGGAGAGAAGCCACCUGUCCCCUGCCUGCGAGUCUCCAAAGCUCUGGAUCCCAGGAGCACUGGGUCCAAGUACUUCCUACCUCAGGUAGUUGUGACCCUGAACCCCCAGUCCAGUGGCACACAAUGGGAGACAGCCUCUGAGAAAGGCCGGGACCUAGAGUUAUCCACUGAGAGUCCAUGCGAGCUGCGGCAGCCGGAGCCCUCGCCCUUCUCCUCCAAGCGGACCAUGUACGAGACUGAGGAGAUGGUGACCCCUGGAGAUCCUGAGGAGAUGAGGACAUUCCAGAGCCGGACGUUGGCGAUGUCCCGCUGUACCCUGGACGUGGUCAUGCCCAGUGCCCACAUCUUCCUGCCCAGCAAGGAGGUCUAUGAAAGCAUCUACAACAGGAUCAACAAUGACCUGCUCAUGUGGGAGCCCGCAGACCUGCUUCCCACGUCCGCCACUGCCACUCGGCCGCCUGGCUCAAUGGGGUUCAAGAUGUGCAAGUCGGCCUUCAAGCUGGACUCAGACUCGGAUGAAGAAGACACCCAGUUCUUCUCGAUGGCAUCAGGUGCCCCUCAGACUCCUGCCCCCGAGCCUUCCCCUCGUCAGUCCCAGAGCACCUUCUCCACACUAGUGACAGUGCUGAAGGGACGGAUCACCGCGCUCUGUGAGGCUAAGGGUGAGACAGAGAGGCGGCCGGAUGUCACCCACGGGGAGCUGGUACUAGACGUGGAGCAGGGCACUCUCUUCAGUGUCGCCCAGUACCGUGGCCAACCAGGGCUCGGCUACUUCUGCCUGGAAGCUGAAAAGGCGACACUCUACCAUCAAGCUGCCACUGAGGACUACCUGCUGCCCACUCACCUGGAACUACCCAGCUGCCCCCCAGCUCAGCUGGCUCCAACCAUCUACCCAUCAGAGGAAGGGGUGACAGAGCGGGGAACCUCGGGCCGCAAGGGCCAGGGCCCCCCCAUGCUGUCUGCAGCCGUCCGAAUCCACCUGGACCCCCACAAGAACGUCAAGGAGUUUUUGGUGACGAUAAGGCUGUACAAAGCCACUCUACGCCACUACAUGGCCCCACCUGAGCAAAGCUGGCACUCCCAGCUAUUGGACUUCUUGGAUGUCCUGGAUGAUCCUGUGCUGGGCUACCUGCCCCCAACAGUCAUCACUAUUCUACACACACACCUGUUCUCCUGUGCUGUGGACUACAGGCCCCUCUACCUCCCUGUGCGAGUCCUCAUCACGGCUGAGACCUUCACCGUCUCCAGCAACAUUGUCAUGGACACCUCUACCUUCCUGCUCAGGUUCAUCCUUGACGACUCCGCUUUGUACCUGUCCGACAAGUGUGAGGUGGAGACCCUGGAUCUGCGGCGAGAUUAUGUCUGUGUCCUGGACAUCGACCUCCUAGAGCUUGUAAUCAAAACCUGGAAGGGCAGCACUGAGGGCAGACUGAGCCAGCCGCUGUUCGAGCUGCGCUGUUCCAACAAUGUGGUGCAUGUGCACAGCUGUGCGGACUCCUGUGCCCUGCUCGUCAACCUGCUCCAGUACGUGACCAGCUCUGGCGACCUGCACCCCCCACCCCGGCCUUCCAGCCCGACGGAGAUCGCUGGCCAGAAGGUACAGCUCUCAGAGAGUCCUGCCUCCCUGCCCUCCUGCCCUCCAGUCGAGACAGCCCUCAUCAACCAGCGAGACCUAACUGAUGCCCUUCUGGAUACUGAGCGGCGUGGCCUGCGGGAGCUGGCCCAGUCAUCAGGUGGCCCCCUUCCUCAGGCCUCCCCUGUCUCCGUUUAUCUGUUCCCUGGUGAACGGAGCGGGGCCCAGGCCCCUCUGCCUCCUCCUGGGGGCUCUGCUCCUACCUUGGAGUCCUGUUCUAAGGCAAAGGAGCACGAGAAAGAAGAGGAGGGCGAUGGAGACACCCUGGACAGUGAUGAGUUCUGCAUCCUUGACGCCCCCGGCCUAGGCAUCGCGCCUCGAGACGGGGAGCCCAUUGUGACCCAGCUGCACCCAGGUCCCAUCAUCGUGCAGGACGGACACUUCUCCCAGCCCCUGGGAAGCACCGACCUGCUGCGGGCACCUGCCCACUUCCCAGUGCCCAGCAGCCGUGUGGUACUGCGGGAGGUCUCCUUCGUCUGGCACCUCUAUGGGGGUAGAGACUUUGGCCUUCACCCUGCUUACAGAGCCAGAGCUGGCUUCACUGGUCCCAGGGUCUCCCCUUCCCGCUCCUCUGGUCCCAACCGGCCCCAGAACUCUUGGCGUACCCAAGGUGGCAUCGGACGGCAGCACCAGGUCCUCAUGGAGAUCCAGCUCAGCAAAGUGAGCUUUCAGCAUGAAGUAUACCCAGAAGAGUCAGCCGCAGGUGGAGGCCCUGGCCAGGAGCUGGAGGAGCGGCCACUGUCCCGCCAGGUGCUCAUUGUUCAAGAACUGGAGAUCCGAGACCGGCUGGCCACCUCCAAGAUCAACAAAUUCCUUCAUUUGCACACGAGUGAGCGACUGCCAAGGCGCACACACUCUAACAUGCUUACCAUCAAGGCGCUGCACGUGGCUCCCACCAGCAGCCUGGGAGGGCCAGAGUGCUGUCUUCGAGUCUCCAUGAUGCCUCUGAGGCUCAAUGUGGACCAGGAUGCCCUCUUCUUCCUCAAGGACUUUUUCACCAGCCUAGCAGCUGGCAUCAACCCCAUGGUGCCAGGGGACACAUCUGCUGAGGCUAACCGAGAAACCCACAGCCGGCCCAGCAGCCCCCAGGAAGGGCAGUCUGAGGCUCCAGAGACAGUAAGCAGCCCUCAGGAGGCUCCAGGCAGUGGCCACAGCUCCUCCGAUCCACAGCCCAUCUACUUCAGGGAGUUCCGCUUCACAUCCGAGGUGCCCAUCUGCCUGGAUUACCACGGCAAGCAUGUCACCGUGGACCAGGUGGGCACUUUCACAGGACUCCUCAUCGGCCUGGCCCAGCUCAACUGCUCCGAGCUGAAGCUCAAGCGACUUUGCUGCCGGCACGGUCUCCUGGGUGUGGACAAGGUGCUGGGCUACGCCCUCAAUGAAUGGCUGCAAGACAUCCGCAAGAAUCAGCUGCCUGGCCUGCUGGGGGGCGUGGGCCCCAUGCACUCGGUUGUGCAACUGUUCCAAGGGUUCCGGGACCUCCUGUGGCUGCCCAUUGAGCAGUACAGGAAAGAUGGGCGUCUCAUUCGGGGGCUGCAGCGUGGGGCUGCCUCCUUUGGGUCAUCCACAGCCUCUGCUGCCCUGGAACUGAGCAACCGGCUGGUGCAGGCUAUCCAGGCUACAGCUGAGACAGUAUAUGACAUCCUGUCCCCCGCGUCCCCCAUCUCCCGCCCCCUACAAGACAAGCGUUCUUCACGGAAACUGCGCAGAGGUCAACAACCUGCUGACCUCCGGGAGGGCAUGGCCAAGGCCUAUGAUGCUGUCCGAGAGGGCAUCCUGGAUACAGCUCAGACCAUCUGUGAUGUGGCAUCAAGGGGCCAUGAGCAGAAGGGACUGACGGGUGCCGUGGGGGGUGUGAUCCGGCAGCUGCCCCCAACGGUGGUCAGACCAAUAAUCCUAGCCACGGAGGCCACAUCCAACGUGCUUGGGGGCAUGCGCAACCAGAUCCUGCCUGAUGCGCACAAGGACCAUGCCCUCAAGUGGCGCUUGGAGGAGACCCAGGACUGACUGCAGGCACCUGGGAUCCAUCCACUGUCCCAACAUGCUCGCCGUGUCCGGCCAGCCACAGUGGCGCCACCAGGCCCUUCGAGGGAUGGCCACUGUGAAGGAUGCCUGCCCAGCCUGCCUGUUGCCAAUUCUCCGCGGGAGCGGGGCCUCCGGCUGUGGGGCCUCUGCCCUGUCUCUGCACUUUCGUCUGGGGAGAAAGGACGCUGCUCCUCCCUGCUACCUGGGCCCACACUGCUGCCUUGUUCCAGAAUGAGGAUGGAGGCUUUUGGACCCGCGGACCCCGCUCAGCCAAGUGUCUCUCCAUGUCUCGUGGGGAGGUGGGGGACAGAUGCCAUGUGGGUCAGUGUAUUUUUAAGAUCCUUGAGCGUGUGGGUCAGUGUCUGCAUGAAGUGGAAUAAACUUGCCCACCGCCAGCCCCUCUUUCA